GAUGUGCAGGAAUAGAAUGGGAGAAGUAUUAAGUGGCUUAUAUUAAAAUGAAAGUAUAACGCUGAUGUUCUGUAAAAGAUCCUGAAAUUGUGAGACACUGAGGUGGCUGUUAAAAGUUAAGUGUUCUGUAUGUAUAGCGUAAGGAUAUGUUUUAUGAGUCUUUAUGAAUUGCCUUGUCUUCAUUUUUUUUCUUUUCAUGUUCAUGCCCAUCUUAAUACAAUGCCUUGUGUGUCUAGAAUGAAUACAGAUGAUGUUAUAAUCCUGUAAAUGACCCUUCAGCACUGACUGUAACCAUCUUUCAUAACUGAGCUUGUGUAAACAUCAAGCAACAGGCAAGGAAAACACAGAGCACUCUGUAAAAUAACCACAUCAGUCGGAUCAAGCAAGUUGCAGAGAAGAAAUCUGUGGGAAUCAAGAUCCUGAGCGAGAUAAGCGAAUGAGUGAGUUCUGACUGCUGGCAUGGGAAAGCAUAAGUGACUGUGUGGGCUUUUAAAUGAUGACGCUCAGAGCUCUUUUUCCCUUGGAGAAUGAUGGGCUGAAACGUGGAGAGGCUGAACGCUGAGGAUUGCACACAGAGCAACACGUCUUUUCCGGAGACGCACACAAAAGCCAGCGGUGUCUCCUAUCCAUCCCUCUGUGCACACAGAAUGAAUAUUUUUUUCAAUUUGAGGGGGAGCGUUAUGAGGCAAAUAGCAGAGGAAAGAGCUGUUACAGAGUCAGUCAUGAGUCCUCCACGCCGAUCAUCCAGUUCCCAUGGUGACAGGACCUCCACAGAGACCCUUCAGAGGAACAACAGCAGCAAUUCUGGUGUUAUUCUGGACAUCUCUACUCUUAAGAUGGCAGAGGUAGAUACAGAGGUGCCCCCUCUUCCACCUCGCUACCGCUUCAGGGACCUGCUGCUGGGGGACCAGACAUUUCAGAAUGAUGACAGGGUGCAGGUGGAGUUCUACGUGAACGAAAACACCUUCAAGGAGAGGCUGAAGCUUUUCUUCAUCAAAAACCAAAGGUCAAGCUUGAGAAUCCGCCUGUUCAACUUCUCACUGAAGAUUCUAACCUGUGCCCUGUACAUCCUGAGAGUCAGCCUGGAUGACCCAGAGGAGGUUAACUACAAUCCCUGCAGUGCAAUAUGUCAGAACAGCAGUUGGACUAAUACAACAGACUCAGGAAAAAUCAACUGGAACUUGAUUCUCUGGGUUAACAGACGGGUUCCUGUAUGGGCGAUCCAGGUGUCAGUGGCCUUAAUCAGUUUCUUGGAGACCAUGCUUAUCACAUAUCUCAGCUACAAGGGUAAUAUUUGGGAGCAGAUAUUCCAGAUAUCCUUCAUAUUGGAGAUGAUCAAUACAGUGCCAUUUAUAAUCACAAUCUUCUGGCCUCCGUUGAGAAACAUAUUUGUCCCUGUAUUUCUUAACUGCUGGCUUGCCAAAGGUGCCCUGGAGAACAUGAUAAAUGAUUUCCAUCGUGCCAUCCAGAGGACCCACUCUGCUAUGUACAACCAGGUGUUCAUCCUCAUCUGCACCUUACUGUGUCUGGUUUUCACGGGGGCUUGUGGGAUCCAGCAUCUAGAGAGAGCAGGGAAGCACCUGACUCUGUUUGACUCCUUCUAUUUCUGCAUCGUCACCUUCUCCACUGUGGGCUACGGGGAUGUAACGCCACAGAUCUGGCCCUCCCAGCUGCUCGUGGUCAUCCUGAUUUGUGUCGCUCUGGUUGUGCUCCCGCUGCAGUUUGAAGAACUAGCGUACCUUUGGAUGGAGCGCCAGAAGUUAGGAGGGAACUACAGCCGCCACCGGGCGCAGACAGAGAAGCACGUGGUGUUGUGUGUCAGCUCGCUGAAGAUUGAUCUGCUGAUGGAUUUUCUCAACGAGUUCUACGCUCAUCCCAGACUACAGGACUACUAUGUGGUGAUCCUGUGUCCGACAGAGGUAGACAUUCAGGUUCGUCGUAUCCUCCAAAUCCCUCUUUGGUCCCAGAGGGUCAUCUACCUUCAGGGGUCCGCCCUCAAAGACCAGGACCUGAUGAGGGCCAAGAUGGACGAUGCUGAAGCGUGCUUCAUCCUCAGCAGCAGGAAUGAGGUCGACCGAACUGCUGCUGAUCACCAGACGAUUCUGAGGGCUUGGGCUGCAAAAGACUUCGCUCCAAACUGCCCUCUUUACGUCCAAAUUCUUAAACCAGAAAAUAAAUUCCAUGUUAAGUUUGCAGAUCAUGUUGUAUGUGAAGAGGAGUUCAAGUAUGCCAUGCUGGCGCUGAACUGUGUGUGUCCAGCUACAUCUACCUUAGUCACACUCCUCGUCCACACCUCCAGAGGACAGGAGGGACAGUUAUCUCCUGAGCAGUGGCAGAGGACAUAUGGACGCUGCUCUGGAAACGAAGUCUACCACAUUCGUCUGUGUGACAGCAAGUUUUUUGGGGAGUAUGAUGGCAAGAGUUUCACCUACGCCUCCUUUCACGCACAUAAGAAGUAUGGUGUUUGUUUAAUUGGUGUGAAGAGAGAAGACAAUAAAAGCAUCCUGCUUAACCCUGGGCCCCGACACAUUAUGGCUGCCGCCGACACAUGCUACUACAUCAACAUCACCAAGGAGGAGAACUCAGCUUUCAUCUUCAAACAGGAGGAGAAGCACAACAAGGGUCUACCUGUCAGCGGCCUCUACGACGCCCCCUCCAGGCUGCCUGUGCACAGCAUCAUCGCCAGCAUGGGCACUGUAGCCAUUGAUCUGCAGAACCCUGAUCCGCCAGAGGAAAGCAGCAAACUGACCUUGCCGACGGAGAACGGCGCCAGCAGCCGCAGACCAAGCAUCGCACCUGUCCUGGAAGUCGCAGACUCCUCCGCCAUUCUGCCCUGCGAUCUCCUGAGCGACCAAUCAGAGGAUGAGACUAACCAAUCAGACGAGGAGGGCUCAGUUGGGUCAGAUUUUGUGAAGGGCUACCCUCCCAACUCUCCCUACAUCGGCAGCUCACCAACUCUCUGUCACCUCCUACCCCAAAAAGCUCCAUUCUGCUGCCUUCGCCUUGACAAGGGCUGCACUCAUAACAGCUUCGAAGAUGCCAAGGCAUACGGCUUCAAGAAUAAGCUGAUUAUAGUGUCAGCGGAGACUGCAGGAAAUGGUCUUUAUAACUUCAUCGUCCCGCUGCGCGCUUAUUACCGGCCCAGGAAGGAGCUCAACCCCAUAGUGCUGCUGCUUGACUACCCACCUGACAACCACUUCUUAGAGGCUAUUUGCUGCUUUCCAAUGGUUUACUUCAUGGCUGGCACAAUCGAUAACCUGGACAACCUGCUACAGUGUGGAAUAAUCUACGCCGACAAUUUAGUGGUGGUAGACAAGGAGAGCACCAUGAGCGCUGAGGAGGACUACAUGGCUGAUGCCAAGACCAUCGUCAAUGUCCAGACUAUGUUCAGGUUGUUUCCCAGUCUCAGCAUUAUCACUGAGCUCACACACCCGUCGAACAUGAGGUUCAUGCAGUUCAGAGCCAAGGACUGCUACUCACUCGCUCUCUCCAAGCUGGAGAAGAUAGAGCGUGAUAAGGGCUCCAACUUGGCCUUCAUGUUUCGGCUGCCGUUUGCUGCAGGCAGGGUAUUCAGUAUCAGCAUGCUGGAUACACUGCUUUAUCAGUCUUUUGUUAAAGACUACAUGAUCGCUAUCAUAAGGCUUCUGCUUGGUCUGGACACCACACCUGGCUCUGGAUACCUGUGUGCUAUGAAGAUCACAGAGGAAGACUUGUGGAUCAGGACGUAUGGCAGACUCUUCCAGAAGCUUUGUUCUUCCAGUGCUGAGAUCCCCAUCGGGAUCUAUCGCACCGAGUCACACAUGUUCUCGACCUCUGAGGGCAAAGACAGUCAUGCACAGUCUCAGGUGUCCAUAAAUGUGGAGCAAGGUUCAGAGCAUCCGGAGCGCAGAGACACCUGGAAGGAGAAAACAGCUCACAGGAAUUCCACCACGAGUGACCAAUCGGAGCAUCCGCUGCUGAGGAAGAAGAGCAUGCAGUGGGCGCGGCGGCUGAGCAGAAAGAGCAACAAACCGUCGAGCAGAGCAGAAAGAAUCUCGCAGCAGAGACUCAACCUGUACCGACGCUCGGAGCGGCAGGAGCUUUCCGAGCUAGUCAAGAACCGCAUGAAGCACCUGGGCCUGCCCACCGUGGGAUACGAGGAUGUUUCUAAUCUCACUGCGAGCGAUGUCAUGAAUCGAGUAAAUCUAGGAUAUUUGCAAGAGUUGCAGGACAUUUCAGAGCACCCGUAUACAGAGGGGACCAGGCCGUCAGGGCCACAAGCAGACGAGAUGAAUGACCACCAGAACACACUGUCGUACGUCCUCAUCAACCCCCCUCCUGACACCAUGCUGGAGCUCAACGACAUAGUGUACAUAAUCCGGUCUGACCCGCUGGCACACAUGCCGGAAGACUCACAAGUGAGUCAGGCCCGCAGCACCAGGAACCAGCAGGACUUUGGCACAGAAACGAGGGACGAGACUCACCUCUGAGAGCCCCUCAUUCCUCCACACCCUGACCCUUAACAUUUAAGCCCCGCCUGGGCCGACAGAGCUGGUUUGUGUCCUACAGAUGGAGGCUUAGAACAGCAGUCCAUCGUGAAUGUGCAUUAUGUGUCUCUCAGCCUCAGAGCAGAAAUAAUAAACAAGUAAAAGACGGCCACGAGAGAGAGCUGCUGUUUCCCACUGAGCUGCUACAGGAGGAUGCAUGAAGAGUGCCUCGUAAUCCACCCUUACCUCCCCAGCCCACCUACUGUACUAACACACUUCACCCUCACAGGUUUGAGCAGUAUUAACUUGGGUAUUUGGAAUUAAGCGCACAUGCUGUACAGGAUAUCAAACCAUGAUUCCACACAGGGGUGACGUUGCCCUCCUGCCACGACUUAAGCCAACCUCCACCACUUAUCUUUCUACCUAAACUCACAAAGAACUCAAUCUAGAGGGAAACACAUCCUCCUCAACAUCCUAUCAAUCAUGUUUUCUAUGAGUGAAGGCUUUGAAUUUUUAUCAAUUUAAGCAUUUUAUCAUUAAAUUAUAUCAAUGUGCACUUUUCUUAAUUUGUAUCUGAUAGUUUUUUUCUCUAUGAAUCAGACGAUAUUUCAGUUUUCUUUACGAGCACAAACUUUUUUACUACAAAUUGACAUCUGUGAAUAUACACACUGUAGUGGCACUUUUACUGGCCAUGUGGGGAUCAUUUGCAUUUCUCUUUUAUUUUUUGUUUGAGAUUUUUGUGAGAUAAUUCUUAAAGGGUAAUAUUGUUUAUUUAUUUGCUGCUGUAUUUGUCCCAUAUCAUGUCUGCUAUAGUAUGUGCCAUUCUUUUCUUUACUCUUUUGCUUUGUAAAUAUUUUCAUAAUAAUUUGUACAUUUUGUGCCAAAAUUAACCCUUUUGUGAUAUCAGUGUUUUUCUGAAUAGAGCUUGAUUGAUACAUGUUGUCUGAUUUGUUUUACCCAAUCAGCAGGCUACCAUGCAUGUAGGAAAAAAUAGUAUGGUAUGACGAUUAAAAAAAUAUAAUAACCUUAAGCAGAGAAUCUGCUUGAUAAAUGCCAAACAGUGUUUAGAUUUCCCAAUUUUCUGGAAUGCAUCAGAAAUAAUUGCUCUGUCCUCCAUUCAACAAACAUGAGGUUACCAUUUCUGCAGAUUUAACACCUGUUUAUUGCAGGUCAAUCAAAAGAAAAUCUGUCUUUUUUGGGUUUAUAAUGUCCAAGUACCCUCUAGAAACGCCUCUGUAUAACUUAGUAUUUACAGUUAAACUGAAACCUACUAGAAACAUAUGAAGAAGGAAGAAUCAAAAGAGUGACCUUUAUCCCGCAGACAAAUCUGGAAAUUAAAGUUUGAGAAGUUGGGGUUUGUUUUAGAGCGGUGGUUCUCAACUGGUUUAGUGUCAACCCCUUAAUGACAAAUCACAACCCGAAUUUCUGAAUUUUUCAAUCAUAAUCAAAUAUUUUUAAUGAAAAAUGGGAGAGUUUAGACUUGGGAUGGAAUAAAAGACUUAACAAAAUAGAGAUCGAGAUAUAUUUUUCAAAAGAAAAGCCCAUGAUAGACUUCCAGCUGCAUAUUUUUUCUAGGCAAACAUCCCACUAAAAAUGGCUUGUGACCCUCUUUUGGGUCUUGACCCACUAGUUGAGAACCAAGGUUUUGGAGGCAUAUGUCAUCAUGGACCACAGCCAACAGGCUUCAAGAUUCUCAACUGAAAUGAAAAUGGUUUCAGUCUUUCUAACUUCCAACAAGAGCCAAUUAGAGUGCUCUCCAAAUUGUGUAGCUACAACUUAAAUGUAUCGAAAUCAAGAGUGUGAUUCCCAUAAAAGAUUUACAAAGCCCUCCUGGUGUCAGCUGAGAAAUAACUUAUUAAUAGAAUAGUGUAAACAUGUGCUCUUGAUUUAAAAUAAGUGUAGAUGCCCUUAUAAUCCAAGCCCAUAGAUUUUAAAAUCCAUGUCUGAUGAUCUAGUACCUGGGGGCAUGGUUUUUGUAAUGUAUGGACAUGGAUUUAUUAAAACAGGCCCAGCUUUGUGAACUUUGAGUUUUCAAAUGUAAGCAUAGUUUUGUAAAUUUGGAACAGAAUCAUAAAAUGUGAGCAUGGCUUUGAGAUCUGUGAGAACGGAUUCAUUAAAUGGUAGCAGAUUUGUACAAUGUAGCCAUGGUUUUGUAAACAUGGAAACAGAUUUGUAAAAUGUAGGUGGGUUUUUAAACCGUGGUAAUAGUUCUGUAAAGUGUGGGCACAGGUCUUUUUUAUUUUUUUUUAACCCAGAAUAGAAGACAAAGUAACUGUUUGGCUAACAUAUAUAGCCUAAGAAGCUAACAGUAACCUAUUGCCCACUGGAUAUAAAAUUAGAAGAUUUCUGCAUGAUAACUACUAUGUUAUAUAGUAAAAGCUAGAAAAAAAUCCAAUACAAAACACAAUAAACCUUUAAAUUUAUUCCUAUAGCCAGGUAAAUUGGUUGCAAUUGCCUUGCACAUCAUCCCUUGCAAAUUAUCAGACACACAUGAUAAAGCGUGCAAGCAUUUGUGAACAGGCAUUACAGAUUUACAUGUUUGUUUUACUUCUCAGCUGGCACAAUGGUUGCUCUGUCAUCAUCCUUUAACUUUGACUCAAACAUCGGAAAAUCAGUGUUAACUAAGCGUCAGACAUCAGGAUCCUCAGUUACUAUUUUGUAAUGUCAACUUGGUUAAAAUCAGCUUAUUGUGAUUCUCCACUUUCAUCACUCUUUUGCGUUUUAUAUCAACGCUGGUAGCAGAAAACGUUUUGCACAGAUGGCACCAGGCACACUUCUGUCUAUUUUUAAACCUACUUGAGUUGAAAAUGAAGUGCUCUCCUUUUGUACGGAUACCCAGAGGCCACACCUUGUGUAUCAAUCAGUGUCAGUGCACAGUAUUUCACCCUGAUCAUUUCUAAGCUCUGUGGUUUCGUUCAAGCACUGUAAAUAUGAACUUUCCUGAAUUGUUUUCCAUUUUGUUGCUUUUGUCUUUUUUGUGUGUUAGAAGUGAAAGAGGACUUGAACUAUUUUUGCACUAAGCUCUGCGGGGAUGUCAGGAGCAGAUCAGCAUGACCCUUUAACCUGAAUCUGUGCAACACAGUGGACAGUAUUCAACCUUUCAUGUGACGCAAAGAGAAACAUGCAGAAUCACAUCAUGCAUUUUGUUGUUUACAUCGUAGAUGUUAGAAAGCUGAUUUUAGUUAAUUUUAUUGUUUAAUGUCAAAGAAUAUGAAGUGAAUGAUGAAGUAUCCUUUGAGGUCUGCUAUUUUUGUUUGUUUCUAAAGAGUCUGUUCAAGCUUUUUAUGUUUACAAGUGUUACUGUUUUGCAGAGUCCCUCUGAAAGGUACUACUGCUCUUUGCCCCCUCUGAAGUCUCAGUUUACAGGGCAGGAGAGCUGAGAAGUGAAAAUGUGAGCGAUCUAAACAGGCAAUAAGAUGGAUGUUCAGAAUCACUCAUUAUCAUUGUCCUCGGUCCUCACUUGUGACAAAUCCAAACAUGACACAAAAUUCACUUCAGAUCUCCUCCUGUCCAUAUUACAGAACCACACGGGGCAUGUAAACCUUAAAAAAGCAUGUUUUGAUAUUCAAGCUUGCCAAGAAAGACCUUUUUUUUUUUUUGGACAUUUAGCAGGACAUCACAAGUAUGUCCCACAGCUAGAGAAACCCAUAAUCAAUCAACUGCUUGCAAGUUGGAGCCAUUAUUUGAUACUGUGUAUUUAUAUGAAUGGAACAUGCAUGUUGUCUAGGUGUUACCAAAAGCCAACGUAUUACGUUUACCUCCACUUUCUGUUUAUAAGCCAGUGUCAAAAAGGGGUUGAUCCAUUUUGUACUAUUUCUUAUGAGAAGUGAGUGUACUUGGACAUAUAA